AUGCUCUAUCACAUACGGCAAAAUCAGUUCGCUGUUCAACAAGUGCGUGACCCAUCGAUGCAAACAAGUGGUAAUCGGAAGGAGCCAAAUCCAGUAAACUCAAUCGCCGCUAUUAGCCUGUCAACAGUGGCUCAACUCGAAGAGCGGAAAGCGAAACUCGAGCUAUAUCAGACGGAAUAUAACGAUGUUCAAUCGCGUCUAGAAUUAUUAGAUGAUCCUGCGAUCGAGACGGUAUCGAGGAAGUAUUCUAUGCUGUUAUCCGCUAAAUUUACCGACAUUUUCCGGCAAUAUGAUGAAUGGUUCCCGUUUUUCAACACUUUCAACUCGGUUAUCCAUUCCAACACCUCGCUCUCAAAUACGCAAAGAUUUCAGUAUUUACGAGCGUCACUCACCGGUGAUGCAAGUGCUGUAGUCAGUUCAUUGGAAUUGUCGGACGCUAAUUACGAUGUCGCAUGGUCAAUUCACAAGGAGCGAUAUGACAACAAGCGCGUAAUUGUUCAAACUCACGUCAGUGCUAUAUUCGAUUUGCCGACUAUGACAAGGGAAAAUGUAGUCGAGCUCCGAAGACUCUCUAGCGUCACAAAACAUUUGCACGCCCUUCAGACAUUGAAGCGUCCCACGAUGCAUUGGGACGAUCUUCUCGUUCACCUUCUAACCUCAAAAUUUGAUUCACUUACUCGAGUGACGAACCUCAUUAGCGAGCAACAAGCUGCCAUCGCUUAA